AUGGUGGAGUCACCUAAAGGCAUUUCUGCAAUUUCUCCUGGAGAUUGGAUUGCUCAGCUCAUAUUCCUUCCCAGUCUUCAUGGGAGGUUUAAAGCCUGCCCUGUUAAAAGAGGAAAUAAAGGUUUUGGCUCCUCAGGCACGGACUUAACCUUUUUGUCCCUUGACUUGGACCAACGGCCAGUUUUAAUGCUUAAAGUAGAUGGAAAAUGCAUUCUUGGCCUGUUGGAUACAGGUGCUGAUAAAAGCAUCAUAGCCAAGAAGGAUUGGCCAUCAGGAUGGCUGAUGCAAGCUUCCUCUCAAACCUUACAAGGCCUGGGUUAUGCAAAAGCCCCAGAUAUGAGUGCUAGACAGUUGCAAUGGAGCAAUGAUGAAGGACAUUCAGGGAGUAUUCAGCCUUAUGUUCUAGAGCUCCCCAUUUCCCUGUGGGGGAGGGAUCUGCUGAAAGACAUGGGAUUUAAACUCAGUAAUGAGUAUUCCCCAGCUUCACAACAGAUGAUGACAAAGAUGGGCUAUCAUCCAAAUUUUGGAUUGGGAAAAAGACUGCAGGGACAGAAAGACCCUAUAUCCGUACAGCAAUACCCUUCUAAGCAGGGCCUGGGUUUUUCCUAG